ACAGUAAAGCACACACAGCACACAGUUAACCCCGUGAUCGCCCCAGAUGUUAACCCCUUCCUGCCAGUGUCAUUAGUACAGUUACAGGGGUGGACCGACAACUCAUGGGGCCCCCGGGCAAUAGGGGAUAAUGGGGCCCCUGUGUCCUUGCCCAAACUCAAAAAAGCCUAUGAAAAAGGUACCAGGGGCAUCUCAUGGGGCCCCCUACUGACCCUGGGCCCUCAGGCAGUGCCCGAGUUUCCAAGUGGUCAGUCCGCCCCUGGUGCAGUACCAUUUCAGAAGAAUUCUGCCGUGAGAUUCAUAUGAUAUAAUGAUUCAAACCACUGCCCCGCAUGCACCCACAGGGGAUAUUCUGAAGUUAGCAGAUUAUCCCUGGACUCUAGCAUGUCAUUCUUUUUUACUUUCAAUUUUAUAUAU